UGGCCGUUGGUGGAUUUUCGUGCCCUUGCAUGCUGGCUGGCUGGUGGACUUGCUAGAAAGCCUGAGCCGCUGGAGGAGAGCUGGGCGGCUAGCUCUCGGUGAUCCUCUGUGAGAAAGGGCCGGCCUAUCUUGGGGUUAAUAAGCCAAGAUGGGUGAGACCUCAGGAGGCUAUACCUACACCAGAACAUCGAUAUUAUUUUUUCAUGCCAAGCUUCCUACUGGUUCCAAGUCCGACAUGGCAUCUCUCAAGGAUCAGCUGAUUGUGAAUCUUCUUAAGGAAGAACAGGUUCCCCAAAAUAAGAUUACGGUUGUUGGGGUUGGUGCUGUUGGCAUGGCCUGUGCCAUCAGCAUCUUAAUGAAGGACUUGGCAGAUGAACUUGCUCUUGUUGAUGUCAUGGAAGACAAAUUGAAGGGAGAGAUGAUGGAUCUCCAACAUGGCAGCCUUUUCCUCAGGACACCAAAAAUCGUCUCUGGCAAAGACUAUAAUGUGACUGCGAACUCUAAGCUGGUCAUUAUCACAGCUGGGGCUCGUCAACAAGAGGGAGAAAGCCGUCUUAACCUGGUCCAGCGCAAUGUCAACAUCUUCAAGUUCAUCAUUCCUAAUGUUGUCAAAUACAGCCCGAACUGCAAGUUGCUUGUUGUUUCCAAUCCAGUGGAUAUCUUGACCUAUGUAGCUUGGAAGAUAAGUGGCUUUCCCAAAAACCGUGUUAUUGGAAGUGGUUGUAAUCUGGAUUCAGCCCGGUUCCGUUACCUGAUGGGAGAAAGGCUGGGAGUUCACCCAUUAAGUUGUCAUGGGUGGGUCCUGGGGGAACACGGAGACUCUAGUGUCCCUGUGUGGAGCGGCGUGAACGUGGCUGGGGUCUCCCUGAAGAAUCUGCACCCAGAUCUUGGUACGGAUGCGGACAAGGAGCAGUGGAAGCAGGUUCAUAAACAGGUGGUGGACAGUGCUUACGAGGUGAUCAAGCUGAAAGGCUACACAUCCUGGGCCAUUGGCCUAUCUGUAGCAGACUUGGCAGAGAGUAUAAUGAAGAAUCUUCGGCGGGGACAUCCAAUUUCUACCAUGAUUAAGGGUCUCUAUGGAAUAAAGGACGAUGUCUUCCUUAGUGUUCCUUGCAUCUUGGGACAGAAUGGAACUUCAGAUGUGGUGAAGGUGACUCUGACACCUGACGAAGUGGCCCGUUUGAAGAAGAGUGCAGACACACUUUGGGGGAUCCAGAAGGAGCUGCAGUUCUAAACUCUUGUGAUGUUGUACCACUUCACUGUUUAGGCUAUCUGAGGAUUUUAGUUGGAAGUUGUGCACGUUGUCCUUUUUUAUCUGAUCUGUGAUUAAAGCGGUAUUAUCAAGAUGGCCUGGGAAAGCAUCAAUUCCCUUCAGUUCGAGACGGUUGGUAAAAGCCUACCCACCUGUGUCCUGGUGCUGGCUAGUACUUAGCGUGUGGUCCUAAGCUGGGUAGUUCCUCCACCUGUGAGGCGCCCCUGCCAGUAUUGUACAUGCUGCAUUUGCCUUCAAACCAGAUGUGUUUACUCUGUGCUGUAUAACUCUGGUUCCUUCACCCGACAUGCCUAGUCCAACUUUUCUGCCCCGCCCUGGGAUCCACUGUAUCCAUCCAAUUCUGCAUGCCAUGUGCAUAACUAUUCUAAAGGACCUUAGUUUGUAUAAUAUAUGUAUCAGUAGUGUAAAAAGAAAGCACUACAUGGAAACAAGCAACUAUCCGAGUGUCAUACUAAAACACCAAAUAAACCUUGAACAGUG